AUGUCGAAUUCAACCAAGGCAGAGAUAGGGGGCUCAACAGCAGCUGCGAGCCUGGCUAGCAAGGAUAAUCCGGAAACCUGGUGGAAAGCAUGUUCAGAAGCUGGCACAGCCAGGUCGAAGAGUGACACCAAUGAGCAGCCGCAAGUAGAGAGCAACAGCCACUCCGCCGACAGCAAAGAAGGGCAGUCUGCUGAGGCAGCUUCACCCGACACCGCUUGCCUCCACCAAUCCUAUCCUGCCAGCAUGGCAACACCUGAAGUGUCUCCAGCAGAGCUGGACCUGGAUCCGCAAGGACUUUCCAAUCUCCAAGAGGAUUCGACCAAGCCACCAACGCGACCUUAA